CUCCUCGUCAAAUCCUCUUUUUGAUGGAAGGAUAGCGAAAAUCAGAUACCUCGUCGCCGUCAUCUUGCUUCACAAAAGCCCGACGCAUGCACAUUCUCAUCCAUACGACUAAGGUUGUCCUUCGCGGCGUCAUGAUGAUUCAUAGACCUCUGUGAAGUCAAUCUCCCAUUGGUGUGCUUGCCUGCUCUUUCAGAAAUUAGCUGAUUUUGAAUCUCGUUCAAGAGAACAUCAUUUGGGAUUACCCUGUAAUUAAAUAUUAGCGAGUAGUGAUCACUACGAAUUCUUGGUGACAAAAUUUCAUUCAUCCUGAGGCAAAUUUGAUUUGCUCGCAAUUGCUUGCGUGGUUUGCGGAAUUCAAAGAACCGAAUUACAGAGGUUUUGGUGAUACUGUGUGGGGGGUUUCUUUUAGUUCCAAUGUCGGGUGGAUCACCGGUUGGGGGAGGUGGAUUUAUGAGGCAGAGACACAGCCAAGGGUAUUCAAGCAGUGGUGAUGAGCUUGAGGACGAUGCAUGCUCGAGGCUGCGUCCUUCUUCGCCUCCAAGUCCUAGAUCAAGGACGUGGAUCGAAAUUCUGGAAAAUUUUCUUUGGCUAGCUUCGGCGGCUUUCAUCAUAUAUUUUGGUGAUCAGCGUUCCAAUUUGAUAUAUCUCCUCUUCCACGACGACAGGAUCAGAAGACUGCCUCUAUAUCUUGGGAUGAUAGGUGUUGGUCUCAAUGCUCUGAUUUUCAUUUAUACAAGCAUCUUGGCAUGGAGCGUCCGAAGACUUGAUGAAAAAUGGGGACUGAAAAAGUGGGAAGUGACAAGUGUCACCUUUUUGCCAUUUGUAACCGUAUUUGGAAUCAUCUCUUUUUGCUUGUUUUCCUUUGCUUUGUGGCCAAUCUGGAGUUUCUUGACACUCCCUCUCCUGUUUACCCUUUUCAUGGCUUCCAUGGUAAUAAUCCCAUAUCUUGUAUUUGGGAUGUUUCGGCCGCAAUACGAUGAGCAGCUCCGUACAGAUUAACCUCAUAUGAUUCAAAUGAGGAAUAUUACUGACAUAGGUGAAGAGUUUCUAACCCAAAAGUCGAUGAUCCGUAGCCACGGCUAUGUAGAUUGAAAUUUUGUCUGAGUAUGUGCGGUGUGGCAUGCUGUGUUUUCGAAACUGGUGUCAAGUGUCAACUGCUUUCUGUAAGAGUUCAAAAUCUUGUUACCGUGCAAAGCACGUUGCUUAAGAAUCAUAGGAUGCCAGUUGAUCGCAGUUUCUGGGCUUCUUGACAGAGAAAAAGGAUUUAGGUGCAUUAAUAGGCGAUAGGAUGGCGUAACGUAGCAGUUUUGCAAGAUUAGUUUGCGUAAUGCUAAUUGCAGUUUUGCUUAUUGAUGCCUCUUUUCAA